GUGGCGUUGUUGUGAGUCGGAGCCGUCUGUGGCAGAGAAGAGGAUGUCGUCCGGCAAGAGCUACAGGCGGAGGAGACUGGAGGAGUCGGAUGAAGAAGACGAGCAGACAACUGUGAUGGUCAGGUCAAAGCUAGAUGAACUAAAAGAAAUUCAGAGUAUGAGGAGAAGACAAAAUGGUGUGAGUGCUGCCGCCCUGCUUGUUGGGGAGAAAACGCCAGAAGAAGCCUCGACUGUGGACGAUCCCUUUAAAUUGAAGACUGGAGGAAUGAUUGAUAUGAAGAAGAUUAAGGACAGAAACCGAGAAAGGGUCGAAGAAGAGGAGACUGACCUGAACCUGGGCACCUCAUUCUCAGUAGAGACAAACCGGCGGGACGAGGAUGCUGACAUGAUGAAGUAUAUUGAGACAGAGCUAAAGAGGAGGAAGGGGAUCCUGGAGAAUGAGGAACAGAAGGUCAAGAUCAAGAACCCAGAGGAUAUGCUCUAUGAGCUGCCCGACAACAUCAAUGUCUCCUCAGCCAAGCGCACGGAGGAAAUGUUAUCUAAUCAGAUGCUGAGUGGCAUUCCCGAAGUGGACCUGGGGAUAGAUGCAAAGAUCAAAAACAUCAUCAGCACCGAGGAGGCAAAGGCACAGCUUCUGGCCGAGCAACGCAACAAAAAGAAAGACAACGCCACCUCAUUCGUACCCACCAACAUCGCCGUCAACUAUGUCCAGCACAAUCGGUUCUAUCGUGAAGAAAUUCAUGCACCUGCAAGACGCCAUAAGGAGGAGCUCAAACCAAAGCCCCUGCGAGUGGGAGACACCGAAAAAACCGAACCCGAUCAAUCUCCUCCGAAUCGCAAACGUCCUUCGAACGAGAAGGCAACUGAUGACUACCAUUACGAGAAGUUCAAGAAAAUGAGCAGAAGAUACUAAAGGGUUGGAUGACAUGAUUGUGUGAAAGCAUCAGCAUUUAAUCCUUUCUGAUCCCUUUGUAUUAAAUAGACCAUUUGUAUUAAAACAAGGCGGUACUGC